GGGGUAUGAAGUGGAACUAAUAGGGGCUUUUAUAAGUUUGAAGUAUUUGUGCAUUUAUUGAGAAUACUGCUGUGACCAAAAGAUGGAGUAUUGGUAGUAAUAAGUAUAAGGGUCUGUGCUAAUGCUCAAGAUGAUGACCCUGUCUCUGGUCCCUGGAGUAGGAUGAACAUCAUGUCAAUGGCAGUUACAGAACUGCCGUGGUCACAUUUGGGAGUUCGAUAUGGAGUGCGUGCUGCCUUGGUGGUGUUGUCCAGCUCUCUCCUGGUGGUCCUCCUACCUGCUGGAGUGUUGGAUGACCAUUAUACAGCUGCCUUAAAGGUUUUAUUGAAGUAUAACAUCUGGGGUGAGGAUGAACGGGCCCAAACAUACACACAGCAAACAACAGGACUUGCUGUUGCUUCAACUGCAUUUGAACUUCUUGUAUUAAAACAGAAAUCCACUCCAGAUUUCAAGUUCGAAGCCCAGGCUGCCUUAAAUCAAGCCUUAGAAAUGAAACGUCAGGGGAAGAAGGACAAGGCCCAUAAGCUUCUUCAUCAUGCAUUAAAGAUGGAUCCAGAUCAUGUAGAUGCCUUAAAUGAGCUUGGCAUCCUCCUGGAAGAAGAGGACAUCAUCCAAGCAGACUACUUAUAUUCCAAAGCGCUCGCUAUUUCUCCACACAAUAAGAAGGCUCUGGUAAACCGUGAUCGAACGUUGCCUCUAGUAGAAGAGAUAGAUCAGAGAUACUUUAGUAUCAUAGAUAGUAAAGUCAAGAAGGUUAUGUCCAUCCCAAAAGGCAAUUCAGCCCUUCGCAGAGUCAUGGAAGAGUCUUAUUACCACCACAUCUACCACACAGUUGCCAUUGAGGGGAAUACGCUCUCGCUGUCUGAAAUCCGGCAUAUAAUUGAGACACGUUAUGCUGUUCCAGGUAAGAGCCUGGAAGAACAGAAUGAGGUAAUUGGAAUGCACGCUGCCAUGAAAUAUGUAAACACCACACUGGUGUCUCGUAUUGGAUCUGUGAUGAUUACUGAUAUUCUAGAGAUACAUCUUAGAAUACUGGGUUAUGUUGACCCUGUAGAAGCUGGUCAGUUUAGAUCAAACCAAGUGUUUGUUGGUCAUCAUAUCCCUCCCCAUCCCAGAGAUGUGGAAAAACACAUGGAGGAGUUUGUGCAAUGGUUGAACUCUGAGGAAGCAUUGAGCCUACACCCUGUGGAAUUUGCUGCUUUAGCACAUUAUAAACUAGUUUACAUUCACCCAUUUGUUGAUGGCAAUGGGAGGACUUCACGUUUGCUCAUGAACCUCAUCUUAAUGCAGGCAGGAUAUCCACCUAUCACCAUCCGGAAAGAACAGAGGUCAGAGUAUUAUCACGUCUUGGAACUAGCAAACGAAGGUGAUGUUAGACCAUUUAUUAGGUUUAUUGCCAAAUGUACAGAGAGCACACUAGAUCUCUUAUUGAUAGCUACAGCAGAGCAUCCUGUGGGUCUACCAGAACCCAACCCUAACUACUCCGGGUGCAAGCAAACAAUUCCAGUGAAGACUUGAGGUGAUAGCUCCCUGGUUACCAUAACUGAUUUGUUCACACCUCCAAUGAUGUAAACUACAGUUGUCAACAUUACCCUUAAUUUAUCUGAUCCUGUUUUGCUACUGGAAUAUUUUCCCAUUUAGGGAGGGACAUGUUUUGGCCAAAAAUUACACUGGUGUUUAUCUCUUCAAAAAUGUAAUAUUAUACACUCUCAUUAUUUAUUUGUGUGUACUUUGCAAAAAUAUAGAUGUUAAAACUUUCAGGAA